GCUGCUACUAAAUGAAUGCAGUGGGAUGGAGAGCAGGACACACUGCUGGUCAGACGGAGCGCACUGCUGACCUCCAGACGAGUCUCAGUUUAUCCGGAUUUCUUAUCAGGGAGGGUUUUCUGAUCGUUGGCUUUUCUUUACCUUCUCCCAUUGUAUUCUCUCUCGAGUGAGGACACAGCAUGCUGUCGUCCCUGAAGACCCUGCUGCUGCUCUCGGUCCUGUGCGCACCGACCUCCAGCUUGUGCCUGCGCCUCUACCAGAGUCGCUCCGACCUCCUCUGCGACGACCAGCUGACUGUCGGGCUCCGGAGUGAGGAGACGGAUCCCGGUUACUCCCCGGUGGACGGAUGGGGCUCCCUGCUGCAGUCCGAGGAGUAUCUCUCCCCUUCGUCCUCCUCCUCCUCCUCUUCUUCUGCUGAGUCCAGUCGGGAAAAAAGGACUUCAAAUCCCGCAAACUACCGUUUCAUGAGCCGGACCAAGCUCAGGGGGCAGAUGCUCCGCAACAGCAGCAAAGGGGACCGUCGGAGCAGACUGACGCUGUCCCUGGACGUCCCGACCAACAUCAUGAACGUCCUGUUCGACGUGGCAAAGGCCAAGAACCUGCGCGCAAAGGCGGCGGAGAACGCGCGACUCCUGGCGCAGAUUGGACGCAGAAAAUAAACCCUGGACAACUUUACUUUGACAGACAGCCAUGAGCAGUGCUGGCAUCGCCUCUAAAAUGUAAUGAAUCACUUUUUAUUUUUAGAGUAAAAAUUGAUUUAAUUUCCCCAGAAGAGCAGUGUUCUGUUCAGAAUGUCCAAAAAAGUUCGACUAUUGCAGUGAUUCAGUUGCUGUCAUGUAAAUCGUCUAUUUUUUCAGUCUCCAUUUCCAUUUAGAAGACAAAUUUUCCUCAGUUUCUCAAAUCAAUUGGAACUAAACAAACAUUAGAUGAUGAUUUUUGUUUAAAACUCAGCUUCAAACUCGUAGAAAAUGCAACAUUUGGCUGAUAAAUUAAAUAAAACUGAGACAAAACACCGGCUUGUUCAUGAUGUAAACAGCAGACUGACCAUCUAAAAAUAGAUAUCUAUUCUUUAUUUCACUUUUAAUUGAAACUUUGUUUAAUUUUGCUAGUUAACAUUUUGCCUCUGUGGUGAGUUUAAUCCACUAGUUUCACAGUAACAGUAUUUUAAAUCAAGACAGAAUAAGGUCAAAAUCAAAAAAGACGAAUUCAUUCAACUUAAAAUAAUAAAAAAUACAAGUAAAUUCACUAAAACAUGACAGUUUUGGGUUGAUUUAUUUCACCCCUUGGCAGAUUCUUAAUAAAUCUGAAAAAUAUCUAAGCCAAAUACAUUUACUGUUUUAGUUUUAUUUUCUAUAUUUCCAUUUUUAGUUAUUGUUAUUGUGGAUGUGGGUUACUUUAAAGCAGGAAUAAUAAAAAUCUAGCCCUUAGAUUUUCUGUUUCAGUUUAAUUUUAUUGAGAUUUGUUCAUCCCAGCUCAUCAAAUUAAAAUAACUGGACCAAACUGGAAGAACAAAGCAGUCAUGAUUCUUAGAUGGUUUUGCAUCAUCCAGAUAUCCCCUGAAAUGUUUUGCAGCCCUGUUUCACAUUCAUAGUACAAGAUUUCACAGCAUGACUCAUUUCAGGGUUUGAUUUUUCUCUUUGCUGCUUCCCUUUUUCAUUUAUUAAAGUUUUUUUUUCUUCUCACCAGUUCAUGUGGGAGCCUAUAAUGAUUCCAGAUUCAACGCUGAGUGGAAGAAAAAAACAACAACAACUCAACACUGACAAUGAAAUACUGUACAAAUCAUCUGCAAGAUUACAGUAAAAUGCAAAUGCAUGGGAAUGUAUGUGUUCAUCAGAUGUCUCUUAUUUUUAUACUCAAAAUAAAGGAUUAUUUUUCCUCAAAUAAAGCACAUGUAACUACA